AUGGAUGGGGUCGCUGGGGUAACACAGUGUGGUAUUCCGCCGGGCACAUCAUAUGUCUACAACAUCACGAUCCCCGACCAUCAGCAUGGCACCUUUUGGUACCAUGCUCACUCAGGACUCGCAAGAGCAGAUGGGCUGUACGGAGGGCUGAUUGUCCACGAACCAGCAUCCCGGCCGACAGUUCGUGGCUUGCUCGCAGAUCCAGCUCUAUACAGCAAAGAUUUCUUACUUUUGAUUGGAGAUUGGUAUCAUCGACCGGCCGCUGAAGUCAUGUCAUGGUACAUGCGCGCAGGGUCUUUUGGCAAUGAUCCGGUUCCUGACUCCCUAUUGAUCAAUGGAGUCGGGAGCUAUAAUUGCUCCAUGGCAGUCCCUGCUCGACCAGUCGAUUGUGUCGAGCAACACUCCAACUUGACAUAUCUUCAUACGGAUGUCCCCACCGUAUUUCGCCUUCGUGUGGUCAACACAGGAUCUCUCGUGGGAUUUACCGUCACCUCACCCACAGAAUCCCUUUCAGUUAUCGAGGUGGAUAGUAUAAAGAUUGUGGAGAGACCGGCGGCCAGUUCAAUUGGUAUCCUAUAUCCAGGUCAGCGCAUGGAUCUUCUCAUGCGUUUGUCGAGCGAAGGAAGACCGUCCGCAUUGACUAUUGAGAUGGAUCCAGAAUGCAUGAAAUAUCCAAACCCAGCACUCGCGCCCAAUCAAACAUUCCUCAUCAACUCUGACUACGCCCCAGAAGCGCUAUCAACUACACUUGAAGAAAAGCAAAUUUCAAAGCUCGAUAUACAAAGUAUCCCCUCGCCUGCCAACAUCCUGUCCUCGCUCCCAUAUCAUGCAGAUACUACCGAUAUUGUUUAUGUUAAGACACAGAAGUUCUCCAUCAACCACAACGUGCCGUAUGGUUAUUUCAACCACACUUCUUGGGCACCGCAGCAAGAUCCCCCAAUUCCUCUGAAUGGGCUACCAAGAGAACAGUGGGAUAACAAACAGCUUUCGUUGGUCGUUGGCGACCGCGAUCAACGAUUCGAGCCCACAUGGGUCGAUUUGGUUGUAAAUAACUUGGAUGACACCGGUCAUCCCUUCCAUUUCCAUGGCCACCAUUUCUACGUCCUUACAGUGUACAAGGACCCAAUUGGCUGGGGCUCCUACAACCCCUUCUCCGACUCAUCCCCGCCUGGCUCCGACCCAAACGUCUAUCCUGAUACCGAUGGCUUGAACCUGUCACUUGCAAUGUUACGAGACAAUGUCUAUAUUCCUAGCCGGGCAUACGCGAUUUUGAGAUUCCGGGCUGACAAUCUGGGCGUGUGGAUGUUCCAUUGCCACGUUUUGUGGCACCAGGCUAGUGGGAUGGCCAUGCUGAUAGACGUGGGGAACUAUACAGGCUUUUCUGGAAGCUCUUGUCUAGUCUAA